AUGGAAUGCCUUAUAUGUGGGAAAAGUACUGAACAAACUCCAAGUGUUGUUAUUGAAAACAAAACAACAUUUGUUCAUAAAGGUUGUUUUAGGUGUUCAGUAUGUGGAUGUCGAUUAGACGGAUAUUUAAUUAAAAACCAUGAUUUAUGUUGUGUUGAUUGUUACCAAAAUCGUACUGUCAAUGAAACGUGUCAAAAAUGUGGAAAAAUUAUAACAGGAAAAAUUGCAAGAGUUGAUGGUAAAUCAUGGCACCCUCAUUGUUUUAUUUGUUCUAUUUGUAAUAAACCAAUUGAAGGAGAUUUUAUUGAAAAAGACCAACAACAUAUUUGUCUAAAGUGUCAUCGUAAUGAAAUCCAAAUGAAACCAAUUUCACCUUCCCAAGACUCAACAAACUCAUCUACAGAACUAAACACUUUUAGUGUAAGAACAGAAACAGGUGAUGAAAAAAAUGAAACCCAAUAA